UUAUAUUAGUUUUUCUUCCGAAAUUUCAUCAAAUCUUAUCAUUGAUAUGGGGUUUGGAUUAAUUAAAGAAGUAAUUAAUUCUAAUGAAUAUCAAGAAAAAUAUAAAAUAUUGGAACAAGAAUAUUAUAAAUUAUUUAUUAAUAAUUGUAAGAAUAUUACAUAUUUUCGUUGGUAUACAACAUUACCCUUAUAUCAAUAUCCUGGGGCAUCAACUUGCUUUUCUCAACUCCGUACCCUUUAUAUUACAUGUAAUGAAAGUUUGAUUUCAGAUAAUUUAUUAGGAAUGGCACAAAUUUGUCAAGAUAUUGAAAAUUUGAAAUUAUGGAAUUGUGAUAAAUAUAUUCCAGGAUUAAUAAAAUUUAUUGAUAAUCAAAAAAUUUUACAAAUCACUUUACUUACAUAACGAAAAAAGUGAAAUGAAAUGUAUACAAUUAAGUGAAACAAUAG